UUAAAAAUCUACUAACUCAUGUACAAAUUAAAACGAAUUAAAACUGUAUCAAAAAUCAUAAUCUGGCUAUCCUUUAAUGUAUAUUAUUUGUUAAGGUAUAGGUUUGCUAUUAAGAAAAUAAGAAUUUUCCCGCAUUUCUGCCCGUUCGAUGGCGAAACUAAAUUGACAUUUUAUUGAAGUCUUUGUAACGUCAAGACUUUGAUGAUGCUGAUUACUAUUUCAAUUUUGUAUCUCAUUUCAUUUUUUGUAAAGGGGCUUUACUGUGGUUUACUUGUGAAGUCUAAUCCAAUCUGAAAUCUGUUGUUUUUGUGCUGUCCAAUCAGGGCGCACAGAUUCCAGAGUAAACGGAACUCACGGGGAGAAUUUGGUUGAACUUCAUUGUUAGAGCUGUCACCCCAGAAAAGGCUUCUCCAGUGGUCCAUUAUAAAACCCCUGGAAAAGAGAGGGACGGGCAAGAGCUCCUUCAGUCUGCCCUCUUGGACUCUAACUACACACGACUCUGCAGUGAAAUAGUAGCGACACGUGAAUUCUUCUCUUUUUUGACGAAAACGGUGCAAUGAUGUUGCCAAGUAUUAUUGCGCCGCCUGCUAUGUAUCCAAACUUUUUGCGGCCCUCGGCCGGUCUUUCCUUACCACCAACUUUACAGUCGGCUUUUACCACUCACUCGAGUUUUCUGGUGGAGGACCUGUUGCGGAUCAGCAGACCUGCCACCGUCAUGCACAGGAGCAUCCCGUCCCCGAGCGCAUCUCCUCCGGCUACGGGAGCCACAACUUUGAAUAACUCUGCAGUCCACGUCUCCAUGUUUACGUCUUUGCCAAAAAGACCAAGCUCGCCAUCACUUACCGGCAACGAUCCAAAUUAUUUGAAAUUUGGAGUGAAUGCGAUUCUCGCGUCAACACCACGAAACGCCUCGCCGCCACCAUCAGUACAGAGCAUGAGUGCAAAAACAUUUCCCUUCCCUUGUUUUGACGGCUCAUUCCACCCAUUCAUCAGAUCAGCAUAUUUCCCAGUUUCGUCUUCAGCAGUGCCAAUUCCCGGAACUUUCACAUGGCCGCUGACAGCCAGAGGGAAGCCGAGGAGAGGAAUGCUUCGCCGGGCCGUUUUCUCCGACGUGCAGCGGAAAGCUCUGGAAAAGAUGUUUCAGAAACAAAAGUACAUCAGCAAACCAGACAGAAAGAAACUGGCGACGAAACUCGGCCUCAAAGACUCUCAGGUAAAAAUUUGGUUCCAGAAUCGACGGAUGAAAUGGCGCAAUUGCAAAGAAAGAGAGCUUCUUUCGUCAGGUGGAUGCAGGGAACAAACCCUACCGACGAAAAUGAACCCCAAUCCUGACUUGAGCGAUGUCGGGAUGAAGUUUGAAAAUGACUUGCUGAGAGAAGAAAGCCCGCGCGCGCCAUUCUGCGAGUCUCGCGGAGAUCACGAGCUCGUCCGCGACGCAGAUUUACAUUUCACUUCAUCUUCCGUCUCGAGCAAGCACUCAGAUUUCUCAGAUUCAGAAGACGAGGAAAUAACUGUAUCAUGAGCACAGAAACAAACUUAGUUUAGUUUAUGUUUAUGCACAGGCCUGGAAAAUAACUUUUAAAUAAUGGUCGUACUUCUCUGACUUCUUGUCACUUGUUGAGGAGAAUAUUACUGCUGCGUUUUGGCAGCUUGUAAAAUAUUUCGUACGAAUAUUUUGAAUACCUUUCUUCUUGACUUUAAAUUGUUUUUCUAUAAUCUUAAAUGCGUAGAAGGCACAUUUCUAACUUAAAAGUUUUAUAUUAUUUUGUAUACUGAUGUUUUUUGUAAAGAUGUAUAUAUAUGUGAAAAUAUUUUUACACAUUAAAAAUCCAUACAUUUCA